GCUUCCGACCCACACUGACGUUAUUACCCGAGCAGGACUCACGUGUUGCAGCAGUUUGUCUGCAAUCAGAUGUGUUUGAAACUCAGACCGAGACGUUUCCUGACGUCAACACGGGGACGGAACCCUGAGCGCUCUCGUGUUCGUGCUUCUUCACCGCUGAGUAAAACCUCAGGAAGGUUCGUGCUGCAGGAGUUUGUCACCAGCGUCUGAAAUCUUCUGCUGGUUUGUAUUCAUCUGAUUUCUGUGGAAAGCGCAGCUUUUGGACAGCACGAAGUAUCCAGCUCGCCUGACAGGCUGUUAGACUGCUCGUCAUCAUGCUGUCUAGGUGGCUCCUCCUCUUCCUCCUCAUCCAAUCAGCUGAGUCCUCUGUCAUUGCUAGCAACACCACAGAGGAUCUUCAAGAGGUGACUCUGGCGGCCAUCUUGCCUCUCACUAACACAGACUAUGCGUGGGCGUGGCCUCGGGUGGCUCCGGCGCUUCAGCAGGCAGUGUGGCGGGUUAACUCGGACCCCUGGCUGCUGCCGGGCCUGAAGCUCCAGCUGGUUCACGGCAGCUCAGAGAACCGUGAAGGAUUCUGCUCGGACUCCAUGGCACCAUUGGUCGCCGUCGACAUCAAGCUCUCCCACGACCCCUGGGCCUUCAUCGGCCCCGGCUGCGACUACUCCUCCUCCCCCGUUGCCCGCUUCACCACCCACUGGGACGUUCCGAUGGUUACGGCUGGCGCCCGAGCCAUCGGCUUUGAGCACUAUGCGGCGGUCACCAACACGGGCCCCACCCACAAGAAGCUGGGCGAGUUUGGCCUGAGGAUCCAGAAGACGUUUGGCUGGCAUCAGCACGCCAUGCUCAUCUUCAGUGACAACAAGGACGCCAACGACGACCGUCCGUGCUACUUCGCCGUGGAGGGCCUCUACACGGUGCUGGGGAAAAGCAACAUCACCAUCCGCGACCACGUCAUCGAGGCCGAUAACAUCAACUACAGGUCGGUCGUCCAGGAAAUCCGCGACAACGGCAGAGUGGUGUACCUGUGCUGUUCCUGGGACAUCUUCAGGACUCUGAUGGUCCAGUUCUGGAGGGAGGGGGUGGAGAUGGAGGACUACGUCUUCUUCUUCAUUGAUCUUUUUGCUGAGGGUUUGGGGGGGCGGGGCCCCGUCAGGCCGUGGUACAGAGGAGACCAGGACGACUUUGCAGCGCGCUACGCCUUCAGGAGUGUGAAGGUGCUGACCUACCUGGAGCCUCAGAAUCCAGAAUACCUUCAGUUUGUUGAAACUCUGAAGAAGGAAGCGAAGAAAACGUUCAACCUGACCAUCAGAGACUCUCUGUAUAACCUGAUAGCUGGAGGUUUCUACGAUGGCGUGAUGAUGUACUCUCAGGCUCUGAACGAGACGCUGAGCGAGCAGAGAGGAGAGCCAGGACCAGGAUCCGGAGGAGUCCGGAGGCCCAGAGGAGACGUGGUGACACGGAGGAUGUGGAACAGAACCUUCCCAGGAGUGAUGGGUUCGGUUGAGAUGGACGAGUUUGGGGACAGACAGAUGGACUUUGCUGUGUGGGACAUGACGAACGUCGAGUCUGGAGAGUUUCAGGUGGUGUGUGUGUAUAACAGCAGUAUGAAACAGCUGGUUAUGCAGAGUGGGCGGAGCUUCCUGUGGCCAGGUGGCUCUCCACCUCCAGACGUCCCAGAGUGUGGCUUCAAGAACGACAAACCAUCCUGCCUCGCACGCACAGUUACACUGCAUCAGAUGGUUGCCAUAGUGAUCUGCUUUGUCUUGGUCAUCAUUGUUACCGUGACAGUUUUCAUCUACAGGAAGUUGAAGUUAGAGAGCGAGUUGGCGGCCCAGCUGUGGAGAGUUUCCUGGGACGACGUUCAGAUGAGCAACCUGGAUAAAGUCCUUAGGCGAACCUGCAGCCGACUCACCAUGUCUCUGAAAGGAUCCAACUGUGGCUCCCUGAUGACCAUGGAGGGGAACUUCCAAAUCUACACCAAAACUGGAUACUACAAGGGAAACCUGGCAGCCAUCAAAUACAUCAACAAGAAACGUAUCGAACUGACCAGAAAGGUUCUGUUUGAACUAAAACAUAUGCGAGACGUUCAGAAUGAGCACCUGACCCGCUUCAUCGGCGCUUGCAUCGACCCGCCAAACAUGUGCAUCAUCACAGAGUAUUGUCCCCGAGGCAGCCUGCAGGACCUGAUGGAGAGCGACAGCAUUACUCUGGAUUGGAUGUUUAGAUACUCUCUCAUCAAUGACAUCGUCAAGGGCAUGUUGUUCAUCCACAACAGCGUGAUCGUCUCUCACGGCAACCUGAAGUCGUCUAACUGCGUGGUGGACAGUCGCUUCGUCCUGAAGAUCACCGACUAUGGUCUGGAGAGUCUCCGGACCAGCAGCUGCCCCGAGGACACCCAUGCCUGCUACGCCCGUAAGCUGUGGACUGCUCCAGAGCUGCUGAGGAUAGAGUGCGCCCCUCCCUGUGGGACUCAGAAAGGAGACGUUUACAGCUUCGGUAUCAUCCUACAGGAAGUGGCUCUGCUGAGAGGAGUGUUCUACCUUGAAGCACACACUCUGACUCCUAAAGAGAUCGUUCAGGCGGUGCGUCAGGGCGGGCCCCCCGCCCUUCGGCCCUCACUCUGCUUCCACAGUCACAGCGAGGAGCUGGGAGUCCUGAUGCAGCGCUGCUGGAGCGAAGAGCCGAGCGAGAGACCCGACUUCAACACCAUCAAGAUCCUGCUGAGGAAGCAGCACAGGGGUUAUGGUUCAAACAUCCUGGACAACCUCCUGUCUCGCAUGGAGCAGUACGCCAACAACCUGGAGGAGCUGGUAGAGGAGAGAACACAUGCGUACCACGAGGAGAAACGCAAGGCAGAAGCCCUGCUCUACCAGAUACUACCACAUUCAGUAGCGGAGCAGUUGAAACGAGGUGAGACGGUUCAGGCUGAAGCUUUCGACUCUGUCACCAUCUACUUCAGCGACAUCAUCGGUUUCACCGCCCUGUCUGCUGAGAGCACGCCACUGCAGGUGGUGACUUUGCUGAACGACCUAUACACCUGUUUCGAUGCCAUCAUCGACAACUUUGAUGUUUACAAGGUGGAGACAAUCGGUGAUGCCUACAUGGUGGUGUCUGGUCUGCCAGUGAGGAACGGUAAGCUCCACGGUCGGGAGGUGGCUCGGAUGUCUCUUGCCCUGUUGGACGCCGUCAAGAGCUUCAGGAUCCGACACCGAGCCAACCAGCAGCUCCUGCUGCGCAUCGGCAUACACAGCGGUCCGGUGUGUGCAGGUGUGGUCGGGCUGAAGAUGCCCAGGUACUGUCUGUUUGGAGACACGGUCAACACAGCGUCACGCAUGGAGUCCAAUGGAGAGGCUCUGAAGAUUCACGUGUCGGAGGCGACCCGGCAGGUUCUGCAGGAGUUCAGCUGCUUCCAGCUGCAGCUCAGAGGAGAGAUCGAGAUGAAGGGGAAAGGACGCAUGAGGACGUACUGGCUGCUGGGAGAGGACACCAGCAACUGAUGGAGGAGGAGAGGAGGGAGGGAUGGAGGAG